CAUUUGCGAAAUGACUUACAGCUCAAAGCUCGUAAAGAGGAAGAGGCCCAAGAUCUAUUAAAGAGAUAUAAAGAGCAUCUGAUCAAAGCCAAACUGGAGAGAAAUUAUUAUAACAAAAAUACCAAACUCAAUAUUGCAGCGUUGAUGCUACCGCUCAUUACAGUUACGACUGAGCUCAAAAUGUCCAUGUUCCUCAUUCCGAUCAGCAAAUUGGCAGUGUAUUAUCUUAGUGCUCGGAAGGUGCAUUUGUUUGGUAUCCAAGAUGAAGCAGUGCGUGAGCAAAUUAAUUAUUUUCUUGACGAGAACGAACUGCUUGGGAAAGGUCCGAACGGUACGCUUAGCUUAGUUUUCGAUGGAAUUAAGCAAUUAAAUAAAGGCGAAAAACAUUUAAAAAUCACUUGGGACAAUGCGGGCGGACAAAACAAAAACAAUACCACUCUUUGA